UGCAACUGUUCCUCAGCUCUGCACAAUCCCAGCUUUCACUGCUGGGUCUCAGAGACUUGAGGUUUAACAGAAUACGAGAAGUUCCUGGGAGUGUCUUCAAGAAACUUAAGAAUUUGAACACUCUUCUCCUGAACAACAACCAAAUCAGACAGAUUUCCAGAAAUGCUUUUGAAGGACUUGAAAAUUUACUUUAUCUGUAUCUGUACAAGAAUGAAAUUCAUGCCCUCGACAAGCAAACCUUUAAAGGACUCAGAUCCUUGGAACAGCUCUAUAUUCACUUCAACCAAAUAGAAACGCUACAGCCGGAGACCUUUGGAGACCUUGUGAAAUUAGAAAGACUGUUUUUGCAUAACAACAAAUUAUCGAAAAUCCCGGCCGGGAGCUUUUCUCAUCUGGAUUCAUUAAAGAGACUGCGUCUGGAUUCCAAUGCCCUAGUUUGUGACUGUGACUUAAUGUGGCUGGGGGAACUUAUGCAAGGCUAUGCCCGAAAUGGCCAAACUCAGGCUGCUGCUACAUGUCAAUAUCCCAGAAGGCUCCAGGGACGCUCCAUUGCUUCCGUAACCGUGGAGGAGUUCAACUGUGAGAGUCCCCGAAUUACUUUUGAGCCCCAGGAUGUGGAGGUAACAUCGGGGAAUACUGUCUACUUCACUUGCCGAGCGGAAGGAAACCCCAAACCGAAGAUUACUUGGAUACACAACAACCAUUCAUUGGAUUUGGAAGAUGAUACUAGACUUAACUUGUUUGACGAUGGGACACUCAUGAUCCGAAACACCCGUGAGUCGGACCAAGGUGAAUAUCAGUGCAUGGCCAGAAACUCAGCCGGGGAAGUCAAGACCCAGAAAGCCAUGCUCAGAUACUCCAGUCCUCCAGCCAAGCCUAGUUUUAUAAUCCAGCCCCAGGACACAGAGGUUUUAGUUGGCACAAGCACAACUUUGGAAUGUAUGGCCACGGGCCACCCACACCCCCAUGUUACUUGGACGAGGGGCAGCGGAGAGGCCCUGGAUGGAUCCAGGCACCUGGCUACUUCCGGAGGACUCUACUUGCAAAAUGUCACCCUGCAGGACCACGGUCGAUUUACCUGUCACGCCGCCAAUAAUCAAGGCUCUGUCCAAGCCACAGCGAACAUAAUUGUACAAGCUCCUCCACAAUUCACAAGAAUUCCCAAGGAUCAGAUGGCGCUAGAAGGACAUUCUGUCGAAUUUCUCUGUGAGGCUGAAGGCAACCCACCUCCAGUAAUUGCCUGGACCAAAGCAGGAGGGCAGCUCCCUCAGGAAGGUCCCCAUACAGUUCUCUCCUCUGGCACUUUGAGAAUUGACCACGCGGCACAUCAUGACCAAGGCCAAUACGAGUGUCAGGCAGUCAGUCCAUUGGGAGUGAAAAAAGCGUCUGUCCAGCUGACUGUAAAACCCAAAGCUCUCCCAGUGUUUACUCAACUACCUCAGGACACGAGUAUACAGGUUGGCAAGAAUAUAAACAUUUCGUGUCAUGCUCGAGGAGAACCACAGCCCGUGAUUACUUGGAAUAAGGCAGGUGUUCAGAUUACGGAGAGUGGUAAAUUCCAUGUCAGUGGUGAAGGCGUGCUCACCAUCUAUGAUGCAGGGCAAGCAGACCAAGGAAAGUAUGAAUGUGUGGCUCGGAACUCAUUUGGCCUUGUUGCGGCCAACAUGUUUCUCACGGUCAUUGCAAUACAGGCUAGACAAGCUGGCGAUGACUUUGUUGAAUCAUCCAUUCUUGACGCGGUACAGAGGGUUGACAGUGCAAUUAACUCCACACGAAGACAUUUGUUUUCACAAAAGCCUCGCACCCCUGCUGAUCUGCUGGCUCAGUUUCGUUAUCCGCAUGACCCGUUUACUGUGGAGACAGCCAGAGCUGGGGAGAUUUUUGAGCACACACUUCUGCUGAUCCAGGAACACGUGAAGCAGGGGCUCACUGUUGAUCUGGAAGGCAGAGAAUUCCGCUACAACGACCUGGUGUCCCCGCGCUACCUCAGCCUCCUCGCCAACCUGUCGGGCUGCACCGCGCACAGGCAGGUGCCCGACUGCUCGGACCUGUGCUUCCACCAGAAGUACCGAGCCGCGGACGGCACGUGCAACAACCUGCAGCACCCCGCGUGGGGCGCGUCCCGGACGGCCUUCGAGCGCAUCCUGAAGCCUGCCUACGACAACGGCUUCAACCUGCCGCGCGGCGCGGGCCGCCAGCCCCUCCCGCCGCCCAGGCUGGUGUCCACGGAGCUGGCGGCCACGGCCACCGUCACCCCGGACGACCGGUACACGCACAUGCUCAUGCAGUGGGGCCAGUUUCUGGACCACGACCUGGGCCACACGGUGCCCGCGCUGAGCACGGCGCGCUUCUCGGACGGGCGGCCGUGCAGCGCGGUGUGCACGAACGACCCCCCCUGCUUCCCCAUCCAGCUGCCCGACGGCGACCCCCGCCGCGCCCAGGCGGCCUGCCUGUUCUUCGCGCGCUCCAGCCCCGUGUGCGGCAGCGGCGCGACGUCGCCGGCGACGAGCUCGGUGUACGCGCGCGAGCAGGCCAACCAGCUCACCUCCUACCUCGACGGCUCCAACGUGUACGGGAGCUCGGAGCGGGAGUCCCGGGCGCUCCGGGACCUGGCCGCGCCGCGGGGGCUCCUGAGGACCGGCCCGCCGUGGGCCCCCUCGGGAAAGCACCUGCUGCCCUUCGCGCCGGGCCCGCCCACCGAGUGCGGCGGGCCCGGUUGGGGCGGCCGCAGCCCCUGCUUCCUGGCCGGGGACCACCGGGCCAACGAGCAGCCGGCGCUCACGGCCAUGCACACGCUGUGGCUCCGGGAGCACAACAGGCUGGCCGCGGAGCUGCGCGCCCUGAACCCCCACUGGGACGGAGACACCCUGUACCACGAGGCCAGGAAGAUCGUGGGCGCCGAGCUGCAGCACAUCACCUACAGCCACUGGCUGCCCAAGAUCCUGGGGGAGCCGGGCAUGAGGCUGCUGCGGGGGUACCGGGGCUACGACCCCAGUGUGAACGCGGGCAUCCUGAACUCCUUCGCCACCGCGGCCUUCAGGUUCGGCCACACGUUAAUCAACCCGGUCCUGCAGCGGCUGAACGGCAGCUUCGGGGAGAUCCCCGAAGGCCACCUGCCACUGCACAAGGCCUUCUUUGCGCCGUCCAGGAUAAUCGAGGAGGGCGGGAUAGACCCCCUCCUUCGGGGGCUGUUUGGCACGGCGGCCAAGCUGCGGGUGCCGUCCCAGCUGCUGAGCCUGGAGCUGACCGAGAAGCUCUUCUCCAGCGCCCGCUCCGUGGCCUUGGAUCUGGCGGCCACCAACAUCCAGAGGGGGCGGGACCACGGCAUCCCCCCCUACGCCGACUUCCGGGUGUUCUGCAACUUGAGCUCGGCGGAGAGGUUCGAGGACCUUCGGAACGAGAUUAAAGACGCAGGGAUUCGACAAAAACUGAAAAAGUUGUACGGCUCUCCAGGCAACAUUGACCUCUGGCCCGCCCUCAUGGUUGAAGACCUGAUCCCUGGUACGAGAGUGGGACCAACACUUAUGUGCCUGUUUGUUACCCAGUUUCAGCGGCUAAGAGAUGGAGAUAGGGAGCUCUGCCGCUGCGCUGUCGCCGCUGGGCCCGCAGCUCAGGGCCCUUCUGGGAGCCUCACUGCACGCCUCUCCCUGCUGGCCACCAGGUUCUGGUAUGAGAACCCCGGAGUGUUCACCCCCGCGCAGCUCACUCAGCUGAGGCAGGCGUCCCUGGGCCGCGUGCUCUGCGACAAUGGCGACAACAUCCAGCAGGUGCAGGCCGACGUGUUCGUGAAGGCGCAGUACCCGCAGGACUACCUGAGCUGCAGCGAGAUACCGCAGGUGGAUCUGCGCGUGUGGCAGGACUGCUGCGAAGGCUGUAGGAGCAGAGGACAGUUGAGAGCAUUCGCGCAAGAGUCUCGAAAGAAACGCUCUGCUCAAUACAGCUAUCCUGACGAGCAAGAUAAGGACUUACGUGAUCUGAGUCGUGGGCAACAAGAUCACUUGUCCGUAGCUGAAGAUGGUAAAAAUGUGACGUUUCUGGCAAAAACAGAGUUUGCCCAAGAUUUCAGCAAUUUUGCAGCAGAAAUUCAAAAAACCAUCAAAGCUCUCAGAGAACAGAUAAACAAGCUGGAGGCACGCCUCAGGCAGGCCGGAUGCACGGAUGAUGAAGGGAUUCAGAGGAGAGACCAGGAACACUGGAUGAAAGACGACUGCAUUCGCUGUACGUGUAAGAGUGGCCAGGUCACCUGCGUGGUGGAGACUUGUCCCCUGGCUGCGUGCCCCCGUCUGGAGUCGGUGAAAGGAACCUGCUGUCCGGUUUGCGGAGACCCGGCCGAUUCCCCGGAGAAACGCUAACCAGUGUCAUCGCUCUCGAGCCCUGAGUGGGGGAAUUUCUCAGGAAAAGACAGGCACGUCGGACUUCAGUACUUUUCACCCGGAGUCACACUCCAGGCGCAGAAGUCACUGACAAAGUAGUUCAUUUAACUCUCCGACACACGGGAGAUCUUUUGUCUUUCCAUCUUCUAAUGUACCGUGAAGUAAUGCAAAAAUUCAAGUCUAUAAAGUACAUAGGAAUUAUUUUAUUGUAAGAAGGAUUUCGUAUUGAAAGCCACCAGUUUUAUUUGCCGUACAUGGAAAUGAAAAGAAUAUCAUGCGGCAUUGUUUUUUUUUGUUUGUUUGUUUGUUUGUUUUUAGAUCUGAGGAUUGUGGAAAAGCUCUCAUGUCAAAAUUCAGAGAGAUUUUAUGAUCUCCAGGAAUUUUGAGAGAAUACGUUUUGCACUCAGAGAAAACAUCUGGAAAGAUUUUUGGCACAAUGCGUGAUGCUGCUUUCCUAUCGCACUCUGUCUUUUGCGUCUAGAACCUAGAUAAUGGCCAGAUUUUGCUGGAAAUGCACUUCCCUUAACCGUCACUAGGCUCUAACUUGUAGAACAUUAGGGGGAAGUCAGGGAAAGUAUAAUUUGGGGGAGCUUGCCAUGUUUUACAUUUGGCUGGGAAAUACAAACACUGUGAAGGGAACGAGCCUUCAAAGGAGCAUGGCACAAUACCUGCCUUUCCCUUGUGCCAUUCUGAUCACGUGUGAGGUGUCGAAAUUGAAAUUCUCCAAGUCUGAGCAACUUGGGAACAACUCAAAUCUGAAUUUACUGUCAGAAAAAUGGGAAAUGUCUGCAGCUUAAACAAAAGGUCGUGCUAUGAGGUUUCUUCUAAUUUUGGCACUCUGUAUAGCAUCUCAAAUACGAGCCAAUAUAAAAAAUAAAAAUUAAAAAAUACAGCCCAAUAGAGAACAGGUUUAGCUAUACUCAGAAUUGGAUAUUUAGUAAGUUAGGUGAGUUUCUUAUAAUCAAUGCUUUUAAAAUAUUGUGCACCCACAUGUAGGGGUUGGUUAUGGUUGUUGGUAGAUUUCUUUAAGAAAUUCUUUGUUCUAGAACCUUCGAGGAGAGACUUCAUGUAGUGUCCUGCCCAGGGAGGCUCUUAGGGUGAUAACUCUGAGUGAAGAAAGAUGUUUUUGGAGUUUGAUGAUGCACAUCAUUAUUUUAAAAAUGUGCUGGUGAUCCCCUCCCAAGAUCCCAAAUAACUUCUACGAAAAAGUUUACGGGCAAAACGUAGUAUGUCCUAAAGGUUUGACAUUUGAUGCCUUUUGAAAUCCAAAAUAAUUUCUACUUAACGUUUCAAAAGGCAAAACGUAGUGGGUCCCAAAAGCUUGACAUUUGGUGGCCUUUCCAAACCCAACAAAGUGAAAUGAAGCCAAACCUCAUGGAAGUGGAAUUUGUUCCUCUGAAACAACCACAGCAAGCGUGUUGCAAAUGACAGUAACACAGCUAAGAGUUGAGGCUUCUCGUCAUGUUCAUUUGUCAUUGUAUCCUUUUCUUCAAGUUGAAGCAAGACCUGCAUGGUAUCUCGUGUUCUUUUUUAUACCCUGGCCACAUGUUAACAUGGAUGCCACCUGGUCAAUGUUUUGUUCAUUAACCAUAAGCAAAUAUCAAAAUAACAGCAUCAAAUUAUCAUUUAAAAUGGAACACGGGAAUUUUAAAGCUUGUCCGUCAGUCGACAAUUGGAAAAUAUUCAGGCCCCCUUACAGAUAUGGCUAUCAUGCAGAUUACCUUUCUUCUUUCUUCAUUUUACUGCAUUUCAUUUAUUUCACUAUGUUUUUUAAAUGUUUCAUUUUUAAAAGUUCAUAUUGCACACAAUAAAAAUUUCAAAUAUUUCCCAAGGAUAUAUAAACCUUUGUAUUCCACUCCUGCGGUCCAAAUGCGAAUGCUGUUUUCAGUUUUGUAUGUGUGUGUGCGUGUGUCUUUGUGUGUGUGUAUUCUUCUACAUGUUUUCUAGGCCACACAAGUGUGAUGACACAAGUGUUUCUUCCUUAGUGAUUUUGUUUAUUCCAAGGAACCAUAAAACACUGAGAAUCCAAGUGUAUUCGUUAACAGUAUUUGACAUGUUAUAUUCUGCCAUGAAAUCUGCUGGAGGUAAAAUGUAAUGUUUCUUACGUGUGACACCUCUCUCAUCUGGGAGGAAGGAGGGAUCCACAAGGAGGUGUUUGCAAAGAAAAUGAAAGCAUUCUUGGGCUUCGUCUUUUCCUGAUGUCCUCUGCUAAAGAAAAGCAGUUUUUUAGCCACGUUGUAUGAUUGCUUGAAAAGGUAGGAAAAUUUCUCCUCUCUUUCAGGGGCUCUUUAAUGUCUACUCUUUCUCUCUUCUGUGUAUAAGUGGUCACCCUGCACAUGGAGCUACACAACAUGUAGUUGAAGGGGUGUAGACCGUUUUUAUUUGAGAUUGGCUUUUAAAAAUAGAGCAUUUACCCGACAAACAGUCUUUAACACUCACAUACGGCAAAUAACAAUGUUUAAGAAUGAGUCCUUGUGGUCAGAUCAUGUGGUCAGUAUGUUAGGGAGGCAGAGGUAGGAAAAUUUGUUGGGCAUUUGGGUAAGCAGUUUUGCAUUUUUUAGCUUAAUUGUGAACCGAUGUUAAUAUAGACUUAACUGUAAUUGAACUGCAAUUCCUUCAGACAUGCCUUGCCCAAUGUCAUGUGUAAUGCAUUUUUAUUUGAAAAUAAAAUAUGGUUUAUUAGUAAAUUAAAUCAAGUUCAUGGAUAGCUCACACGGAAAUCUUAUCUUCCAUUUUAGGAAAGAGGCACUUUAUUAAAAGCCGUAUUUGGUUGAGCGUCCUCAACAUUUAUUGGCAUGAUAGAGUUUGUAAAAAGCAACGUAAAACCGAUUUGUUCCUCGUGGGUAUACAAAACGAGGGAUGGUGUACUAAACAUAUGUAGUGCUAACAUUUCUAUCGUAAAUAUAACUCUGUAUGCUAUGUUUUUAGCCCUUGUAUUAGAUAAUUUGCAGACUUUUGUUUCAAGCAUCAGAAAUGAAUCCGUUUAAAUUUGCAUCU